GAAAAAUUAAAGUUAUCUUAACACAAAGCUCAAUGCACACUUGAAGAGUGCUUCAUCCCCACUGAACCAAAAUGUGUUACAGUCAGUUGUUUGUUGUGUAUGUCUAGGCUGAGUUAGUUACUGCUCACUGCAGAGGAACAAUUUAACUUUCUAUUUCGAUUUUGAUCCAGGAAAACAUGGCGUCCGUCUGAUGUAUGAUUGUAGAGUUAAUUUGGCAAACAAAACGCGUUUAAACAACUUUUAAAGCUAAAGAGAAGUUUUCCGACGAUUGGAAAACAUUAUAAAACCUAUUCUGCUCGACUGAACGUUUCGGUUUACUUUUGGUGUCACCUGAACGUCGCUUGCACACGAUAAGUCGGUUUGAUCGUUUUUGUAGCUGCGCUGCAUCAACAUGUUGGAAGGAACGGGACCAGAGUGGUUGUCUGAGGAGGUGAAAACCGGAACAACUAUCAUUGCUAUAGAGUUCGAUGGAGGAGUUGUGUUGGGGUCUGACUCCCGAGUGUCUGCAGGAGCAUCAGUGGUCAACAGGGUGAUGAACAAGCUGUCUCUCCUCCAUGACAAGAUCUACUGUGCUCUGUCAGGCUCUGCAGCAGAUGCUCAGACCACCGCUGAGAUGGUCAACUAUCAGCUCGAUGUUCACAGUUUGGAGAUAGGUGAGGACCCCCAGGUUCGCUCAGCUGCCACUCUGGUGAAGAACAUCUCCUAUAAGUACAAGGAGGAGCUGUCAGCACAUCUCAUCGUCGCCGGCUGGGACAGAAGGGAGGGAGGGCAGGUGUUUGCAACCCUGAGUGGCCUCCUGACAAGACAACCUUUUGCAGUUGGUGGUUCUGGCAGCUCAUAUGUUUAUGGGUUUGUUGAUGCUGAGUAUCGCAAGGGCAUGAAAAAAGAGGAGUGCCAGCAGUUUGUUGUCAACACUCUCUCUUUGGCUAUGAACCGUGACGGCUCCAGUGGCGGCGUGGCCUAUAUUGUCACCAUUGAUGAACACGGCACAGAGGAGAAAGUUGUUCUAGGGAAUAACUUACCCACCUUCUUUGAUAUGUCAUAAUUUUUCCAUCUUUAGUGUGCCAGGCCACUGUUGUGCAGAACACAAUAAGAUUUUUUUUUUUUCUCACAACAGC